AUGCCAGCCACUGAGGAGGUUGCUGCUGCCCCAAGUGCAGCUACUGGUGAUAAUCUCACUGUCGUAGUACCAUCUAACACUGGUGCAUCGAUAACUGCACCAAUUGGAAAGAAGAGGAAUAUGGUAGCACGGAUGAAUGUCAAUAUUCCAACAUCUAAAGCUCUGAAAUCGCAUGCAAAGUCGCAACACAAUCAUCCACCUUACGGAAACAUGAUCAAGGCUGCACUUCUCGCUACGCAAGAUAAGAAGGGUUCGAGCCGUGCUGCAAUCCUGAAGUAUAUCAUGCAGAAUUUUGCGGUUGGCGAAAAUCCUACUAUGGUUAAUGCGCACCUUCGAAUGGGACUGAAGCGCGGUGUAGCAUCAGGUGUUCUGAAGCAAAUGAAAGGUACCGGUGCUUCUGGAUCAUUUCGCUUGGCUGAUGCAAAAUCAGAACCACCUAAAAAAGUCAAGAAGCCAACAAUCGAAAAGUCUGUUACAACUAAUGAUAUAAAGAUGCUGUCGCCGAAAAAGUCUGUGGAGGCAAAAUCUGGUACAAAAAAGGUAGCUGCGCCGAAGCUUCCGAAACGAAAAGCUGCACCAAAAAAGAAAUCAAGUGCUGCUCCUGCAGAUGGAACUCGGAAGAACAAAAAGGCUGCCGGCAGACCAAAAAAGGCAAAAGCUUCGCCAGUUAAGUCGAAAGCUACAAAGAAGGCGACAGCAGCACAUGCAAGGAACAAGAAGGUUGCGGCUUAA